UGUCGGACUCCUCGCCUUGUCUUGGGCUCAAAUGAGCUGUUUGCUGUUGUAGGGAAACAUUAGUCUUCUACCAACCAACCAGCCGGGGGACGCCACAUCUCAACUUUUUUCUGUAUGCGGUGGGGGUUUCUGUACUUUGGAGGCGCCCCAGACUGAGGAGAUUUAACAGAGAAGUCCCUUGAUUCUUUCCUUUUAUUUCUACUUUUUGUUUUUGUUAUCAUUUUUUUAAACGUGUACUACAUCGUAGAGGGGGGGGAAGUAGACAUGCCUCAGCUCAGCAGCGGCGGCGGGGACGACCUGGGAGCCAAUGAUGAGAUGAUAUCGUUUAAGGACGAAGGAGAGCAAGAGGAGAAAAUCCAAGAAAACGCGUUCACGGAGAGAGACCUGGCCGACCUCAAGUCCUCUCUGGUGAACGAGUCGGAAAUAAAUCAAAGUCCAAACGCAGCGGCGGUCAGACGGGGACAUCAGGGCGAGCAGAGGGGCUUCCCAGACAAACACCGGGAGCAUCUCGACGGUGUGUCGAAGCAGCAAGAUGGAGGUAUGUACAAGUCGCCGGCGUAUCCAGGGUAUCCGUUCCUGAUGCUGCCAGACCCCUAUCUCCCCAACAGCUCGGUUUCUCCAUCUUCUAACAAAGUCUCGGUGGUACAGCAGUCUCACGGGAUGCAUCCGCUCACAUCCCUCCUGCCCUACAGCAACGAUCACUUCAGCCCGAGUCCUCCACACCUGCCCACAGACAUGAGCCAGAAAACAGGCGUUCACAGGCAUCAAUCCCAGGACCUCUCAGGAUAUUACUCCCUCUCUCCCGGUGGUGUCGGCCAGAUCACUCCCUCUAUGAGCUGGCAGAGCCAGCCUGUCUAUCCUGCCCUGUCCCCAUGUGGAUUCAGGCAGCCCUACUCCUCCAAUCUCUCCAGCGCCUCGUCCUACUCCAGGUUCUCUCACUCACUGAUGCUGGGCCCAUCAAGCAUGCAUCCUACAGGGAUCCCCCACCCAGCCAUAGUGCCCCCUACAGGCAAACAGGAGCACGAGCAGUAUGACAGGAGCAUGUAUGUGAAGCCACAGGUGGAGGCCAAGCGGGAGAAGGAGCCUAAGAACCGGUCUCAAGAACCCCUGAACGCCUUCAUGCUUUACAUGAAGGAGAUGAGGGCGAAGGUCAUCGCAGAGUGCACAUUAAAAGAGAGCGCGGCCAUCAAUCAGAUUCUGGGACGAAGGUGGCACGCACUGACCCGCGAGGAACAGGCCAAGUACUACGAGUUGGCCAGAAAGGAAAGACAACUGCACAUGCAGCUCUACCCAACUUGGUCUGCUAGAGACAACUACGAGGCGGGCCUUAGCGGGGUCGCAGGGGAAAAGAGUAAAGCUGAUUGGGGCAAGAAGAAGAGGAGAAAAAGGGAGAAGCAGCAGGACUCCAACACAGGAGGAAAAAGAAGUGCAUUCGCUACCUUCAAGGAGGAGGCUGCCCCAGCCCAACUUCUUCAGAUUUAAGUGCUAUAGACUCUCCCCCAUCCCCGUCUCCCGCCCGCCACCGUCUCUUCCAGCACCAGCGGCCCCCCUCCCCAGGCUGCUCCCCACCACCCCACCUCCCCCUCGACGCA